AUGUUUUGCUUGCGAGCCCACCUACUCCUUUUUAUCAUUCUAGCGACCCUCCUGCUCUUCCUCACAUCGCCAUUGGCUGCCCAGCUUCACCUGUUACUCCGAAUGCCUUUCGUCUGGAAAGAGUCCGCCACCAAAUCCAUCAUCUCACUAGAUCGCGACCAAUUCGACGUCACAUUUCGCGCAUACGAUACUAUACCACCGACAUCAGAACUAGAAAGCCCGCCUCUGAUUCCCAACACACUGCACCACGUCCACCUGGGCGGGUCAGAGAUUCGACCGGAAUGGCAGGCAGCCAGAGAAGAAUGUCUGAGGAUACAUCCAGAAUGGGAGACCAUUUUCUGGGACGAUGCGACAGCCAAUAAAUUCAUUCGGGAAAACUUUCCGCAUCUGAAGGAUACAUGGAACAACUACCCAUACCUCGUUCAGAAGGUGGAUGCGCUGCGAUAUAUGAUUCUAUACAAGUACGGAGGCGCGAUCCUGGACUUGGACCUUGUUUGCAAGCGGUCGCUGGAGCCACUGCGGAGAUUUGAUUUCGUCGCUCCCGCUGCGUAUCCGGCUGGGUUUUCUAUUGGGAUGCUCCUGUCCAGCCGGAAUAACUCUUUUGUUCGUGAUUUGAUUUACAACCUGCCUCGUUUCAAUCGGCGGUGGUUCCUCCUCCCAUAUGUGACUGUGAUGUUUAGUACCGGGUGUCAUUAUGCGUCGACGAUCUACACUACUCAGUUUAAUCGAACUUCGCUCCGUAUUUUGUCCGGUCCACCCGAUCGUCCGAAUAUGCACAUGCUGAAUGGGUUCGUGGAUACUCCGCUCUUCCGACAUCUAGGGACAUCGUCCUGGCACGCGAACGAUGCGCUUUUACUCCGGAUGGUCGAGGGGGUGGGGAAUCGAGUGCUGUAUUGUAUUCUCACCGUAGCCAUGGUGGGUGGUUGUAUAGUAAGUUUGACGGUGAUUGCCGCGCGACGACGCGGGACAAAAGUGGAGACGUCCACGUCGAUCUUCAAGGUCUCGGAAAAGGUUGUUUGA